AUGACGGGCAAAGCGGGCGCGGCACUGGCCCCCAGCCUGCCCGGUAAGCCCAAGCCCGACGGCGCGGCCGCCACCCCCGCCGCCCCGCCACCGCCUCCGCCGCCCCCCGCGGCGGGGGCCAAGCCCAGCUCCGGGCCCACCCCUCCCCGCUGCACCGGCUUCGGCAUCCAGGAGAUACUGGGCUUAAACAAGGAGCCGCCGUCGCACCCUCGGGCCGCCUUGGACUCGCUGCCCGCCGGGCACCUGCUGGCGGCCCGCUCCGUGCUCAGCCCAGCUGGGGUGGGCGGCGUGGGCAUGGGGCUGCUGGGGGCCAGCGGCAUCCCUGGCUUCUACACGCAGCCCACCUUCCUGGAGGUGCUCUCCGACCCCCAGAACGUCCACCUGCAGCCCCUGGCCCGGGCUCCCGGGCAGCUGGACAGCAGCCAGACGGCCAGCUCAGAUUCCGAGGAUGUCUCUUCUAGCGACCGGAAAAUGUCCAAAUCCUCCCUAAACCAGAGCAAGAAACGAAAGAAAAGGCGGCACAGGACGAUCUUCACAUCCUACCAACUGGAGGAGCUGGAAAAGGCCUUUAACGAGGCCCACUAUCCUGAUGUAUAUGCUAGAGAGAUGUUGGCCAUGAAAACGGAGUUACCAGAAGACAGAAUACAGGUUUGGUUCCAGAACCGCCGGGCCAAGUGGCGGAAGAGGGAGAAGUGCUGGGGCAGGAGCAGCGUGAUGGCUGAGUACGGGCUCUACGGUGCCAUGGUGCGUCACUCCAUCCCGCUGCCCGAGUCCAUCCUCAAGUCUGCCAAGGAUGGCAUCAUGGAGUCCUGUGCCCCUUGGCUCCUGGGGAUGCACAAAAAGUCUCUGGAGGCAGCGGCUGAGGCGGGGAGGAAGACGGAGGUGGAGCGCCAGGCGCUGCCCAAGCUUGACAAAGGUGACAAGGAGGAGAGGGGCCCGGAUCCUAAAACCACCAUUUCCCAAGAGGAACUGAGGGAAAACAGCAUUGCCGCCCUCCGGGCCAAAGCUCAGGAACACAGCACCAAAGUCCUGGGGACCAUCGUUGGGGACAUCCCGGCCCCAGGAAGGAAGCUGGAGGCAGGGGAGGAGGCAGCGGAGGCAGAGGAUGAGAGACAGACGGAGAAGUUGAACUCAUCGCAGAAGGAGGAGAAGCUGAACUAGGAGGGGAGAGGCAGUGAAAGCCAGCCCUGACAGACACUGUGUCCUCGGGGGGUUGUGUUCCCCCUUAGAGUGCCAGGGUCCCCUGGCUGCCCCUGCCGGGGGAGCAGGGCCCUGGUCUCUGCAUUUGAGACUGUCUGGCAGGAUGCCCCCGCCCUGCUCCCCCUGAGUAAAUCCCUGACCAUUGCUCCUCCACCCUGCUGGGCUUUCCUCAUCCCCCCAUCUCUUCAUUUUG